ACAACAAACAAACCUACCUACAUUUUCAUACUAAGGCGGCCUUAAAAUAUACUAUAUCUACCUUAUAUAAAUAUAUGACGUUGGAAAUGGACUCUUCCUCUACCCUCCUUUCUCCUCCAUAUGACAACCAAUUCUGCGGCUAAUAGUAGUAGCAAAUUUAACAAGAGACUCAGAACAGCAACUUCUAGAUCUGCCCUUGUAUCCCCGGCUGACUGCGAUGACGACCGCGAGCUCGACCACAUGAAGCAGCUCACGAAAGAAGAAAUCAAGGAGGUCUCGGUCGGCACAAAUGGUGUUCUGAAGGAGAAGACCAUGGGGGUGAGGUACAAGGAGUGCAGGAAGAACCAUGCGGCGAGCAUCGGCGGGCACGCUGUGGACGGGUGCCGGGAGUUCAUGCCAGCCGGGGAGGAAGGAACCGCGGCGGCUUUCAAGUGUGCUGCUUGUAGCUGCCAUAGGAAUUUCCAUAGGAAGGAGGUUGAGAGCAUUAAUGAUUGCUACUGUGAUUGUUCUGCCAUUUCUGCUACUACUAAAUAAUUCUAAUCAAUUAGAUUGAGAAAUCUAAUGCAUAUUAUAUAGUACUACUACAGAUGUGAAAUAAGUAGUCUGAAAUAAGUUACAGGAAGUGAUGUUUUAGGUCGAGGGCAUGAUACGUACGAGGGUGGUGCUUAAAGGAAUGUUCGUCUUUUUUCUUCUCUGCAGAAAUCAGGAUUGGUAGUUUUAAUUAAUGAGCUUUGAAUCUCUGUCAGA